AUGACCACUUGGGUGGUAGAGGCUCUUCGGGAUUGGUACCACACCAAGUACCCCAAUGCAGAGGAGGAUGAGAGGACUAGUCAGGAGGCUUCCUUGCGAAAAAUUAUUGUCACGUAUCUACAAGCCAUAUAUGUCCUUCGAUGCUUGGAGGACAUUGAUAUGCCUGCAAUCAUGGAAUGCGUGUGCAUGGAGAUUGUGGAUACCAAUGUGGGGCAGUUUGCGUGGGAGGUACUGGAUGAGCCAGAGCCAGAGCAGGAGGAUGAGAUCGAUGAGAUCGAUGCUCUUUUGAUGAGCUGGGAGCCACCUCAGCCAUCCAAGGAUAAGGGAAAGGCCAAGGCGACUGUCGACAUUGUCAAAGUGGAGCGAAAUUCAGAGUCAGGGAAGAUGAAGGGGGAGGGAAGUUCAGAGUCAGGAAAGAUGAAGGGUCAAAGUCGCAGACAGAAACGAAAGGCAGAGGUUGCGGCUGAAGAAGAGGUGACAGUGAACACGAACAUGCAGGGGAAGAAGGCGAGGAUGCAAAGCGGAGGAAGUGGAGGAAGCACCACAGGACAUGCUCCAAUUCAGGACAACAAGGACGAGGAGUACGACUUCGAAGCAAUGGGUGCCAAAGUCACUCCUGUGGUACCCCGCCGCAAUAUUCCCUGCGAUCAAUGUGUCAAGCAGGGAGAGCCAUGCACAGCGGAGACAGGCAUUCAAGGCCAGGCAUGCGAUGCCUGUCAUGCAAAGAAGAGUGGCUGCAGCAAUGUGAACACGGGCCGCUUCAAAGUCAACACCCUCACAUCCGAUCCCCCUCCCAUGGAGGCAGCAGCCCCUUCCAACACUAGUCCCUACCACUUCUUAUCAUAA